AUCUUUUGGUUCUGGUUGGAUUGAUCAUACGCUCUCUUUUAGUCACCUUGGAAGUCAACCAGCUGAAGACCAAACUCAAUGAUAUGACUUUGGACAAAAACCAACUGCAGAGGGAAUACAACCAACUGAACAGCACUUAUAAUCAGCUCAAAAAUGAACUUGGUGAAGUGUUUUCUGAAGGAUGGAGAAGAUUUGGAUCCAGUUUUUACAAAAAAUUCACAGAGAGUAAAACCUGGUAUGAGAGCAGGAGGGAAUGUGAGGAAAGAGGAGCUGAUCUGGUGAUCAUUAACAGCAAAGAGGAGCAGGAUUUUGUGGGACAACUGGACACAAAUAAAAACUCCUGGAUUGGUCUGAAAUGGGAAUGGUCGACAUGGAAACAGGGACAUGAGUGGAAAUGGGUGGACGGAUCACCACUGACAACGUUCUGGGCUGCAGGAUCGUCUCAACAUCAAUAUAACCAACUUGAAUAUGCUGCAGUGUGUUGUAAUAAUGAAAAGGAAUGGACAUAUUCAUAUUCCAUUAACAAGAAAAACUGGAUCUGUGAGAAGAAAAUACAAGAUUUUAUUGUUGAAACUUAAUUAACUUAGAUAACAUUUGGUCACUUUCAUUUAUUGUGUUUCGUGUGUUAUUUAUAAAUGUGUUUAUUCUGAACUUCAUCAUGUGUACAGGGUAGUGAAGCUGUCAUCAGAACUACAGGAGAACUUGACAAUGCUGAAGUAAAAUAUAAUGAUUGUAAAUAAGUAUAAAUGCAGCUUUUCUUCACUUUGUUUAAUUGUGUUGUUUUAAUUUGAUGUUUGAGGAAUGAAGAGUUGUCAGUUAAAAUAAUUGUCUUUAUUCUGCUAAAUUUAUAUAAACAUUUGUCCUCUUGCUUCAUUUUCCCCAAAAACCAUCAGAAAUUAUAUAAACAAAAUGCAAAGUUUAUUUCAGGAACAGAGAAAAAAACAUCAGUAAACAAGUGAACUUGACAACAGCCGUUGGAUUACAGUUUUUCUCGAUUGCUUUGACACAUUUUGCACAUCAUG